UCAGAGAGAAGAAACUCAAACAGGAGGAAUAAAACAAGCAAGGGAGUCGUUUCAAAGGCAUAUUCCGUCUACUACUACUACUACUACUAUAUCAAGUCUAUGCCUUAAUGACGCUAUAAAGAAAUCUUCACAAAGUUAAAGAUAAAUGUAUAAACAGUUGGGUAUGUAUUGCUCAAAAUGAAGUAUAAGCAGCACCACUGCAAAGGAUGACCAUUGUACCGUGUUUCAGGAAAGGGCAUAUUGAAGCAUUGAAGCUGACCGGAUUCAUCAAAUGGAACUUGCAACAUGGAUUUUCUCAAGAAAAUAGUUGAAGAUGUUGAUAACAGAGUUAGAGUUGGGCAAGAGUACCCUGCGAUUACGUACAAGAAGCAAAAAUCUUUACCCUCAGACACAAAUACAUUUGAGGAAAUUCCUUCAUGUUUAAAAGAAAGUAAAGUACUUGCAGAAGAGAGGGGAGGUUGUACUUCAAAGCCAGAGGUUGCAGAAUCAGUCCUUUCAGAAAAAGGUGGAAGUGGUCAAGUGUUGAUUCCUCAUGGUGAUGAUGAAGGACAUGGAAAUCAUGAUGGAACUAGUGACAUUAAUAUAAAGAGGAUUGUUUCUGCUAAAGGUGACACAGGUGAUCUCUCAGUUGAUGGGGUCACACAAGGUGCCACUGACACUUCGUCUUCCUGUGAUGAGAGCAGUGAUGUAGUGCAUAAGUGGUUCACCUGCAAGUCUUGUGAGACAGUGUUUCAUACUAAAAAAUCAUACCUAGCCCACAAACGAACGUGCAGUUUGGAAGGGGAACUGUUUUGCAGUCAAUGUGGUAAAGAUUUUAAAAACUUGAGGGAAAAGAGGGAUCAUAGCAAAGCAGUUCACAAGGUUGGAAAAAAGCAUUUGUGUGAAAUCUGUGGAAAAACUUUUCCAUAUCCAUAUGUUUUGAAGAUUCACAAAACAACUCAUACUAAAUCAAAACUAUAUUAUUGUCAUGAGUGUGGUAAGGGAUUUGCUUGUCAGUCGAACUUAAGGUCACAUGCUGUAACACACAGUGAAGAGAAGCCAUUUCAGUGUGAAGAAUGUGGUCAUAGAUUCCGUCGUAUCAGUACUUUGCGUUUCCAUAAGAGAACCCACACAAAUGAGCGACCUUAUGAAUGUGCUGCAUGUGGAAAAACUUUCACUCAACCCAGUAGCUUAAAAACACAUCAGAAAUUGCAUUCAGGAGAUAGACCAUAUGAUUGUAAUGUAUGCCAGAAGAAGUUUGUUUUGAAGGCGGCCUUGCAGUCGCAUAUGCGGACACAUACCAAGGAAAGACCUUCUAAUUGUGAGCUUAGUAGUAAACGCGUUACCCAGUCUGCUACCCUCAAAAAUCACUUAAAGGCACAUGGUAAUGAUAAAAUUUCAGAUGCUGUUUAUGAUAGUGAAGAUUCUGGAAAUGAUGCUUCAUCUUCUAAAGAGAAAAGUAAAAAUCACCGUUGUGAACUUUGUGGACAAUAUUUUGCUCUAAAAAAUACCUUGAAAAUACAUAUGAUGAGACAUACAGGAGAAAGACCACACAAAUGUGAUGUCUGCCCCAAGAGUUUCACUCAGUCAAGUACCUUAAAAAUUCACAUGAGAACACACACUGGUGAUAAACCUUAUGCUUGUAGUAUGUGUGAUGCUCGUUUUGCGUAUAAUUAUGUCCUCCAGAAGCACAUUCUAAAACACAAAGAAGCUGGAGAAAUGGGUGAAGAAGAGCAUUCAGAACAGGAAGAGUAUGAGGAAUAUUCAGAACAGGAAGACUCUGAGGAUAAUGUCAAAUUAAGGACAGAUGAUAGAAAGUUAGUAAAACAAAGUUAUAAUAGUGCAGUUAAACACGAAGAAUCAAACAGAAAUGUUAACAGUAAGAAAAUUGAUAAUGGUGAAACAAAUAUCACGUUUAAUGGUGGUGAAGAUCAAGAAAAAAAUGGUAAAAAAAUAACACCCAUGGACUUCUUGGCUGUGUUUCAGUCUUCUUUAAAAGCAUCCUCUAACGAAAACCAGUUCAUAAGGUUAAUCAGAAAACAUUUGUGUGAAAUCUGUGGAAAAGUUUUUCCUGCUCCAAAUGCUUUGAGGAGACACAAAAUAUCUCAUACUAAAUUAAAACAAUAUUAUUGUGAUGAGUGUGGUAAGGGUUUUGCGUGUCAGUCGAAUUUAAAGUCACAUGCUGUAACACACAGGAAGAGAAGCCAUUUCAGUGUGAAGAAUGGUGGUCAUAGAUUCCGUCGUAUCAGUACUUUGCGUUUCCAUAAGAGAACCCACACAAAUGAGAGACCUUACGAAUGUGAUGCAUGUGGAAAAACUUUCACCCAACCCAGUAGCUUAAAAACACAUCAGAAAUUGCAUUCAGGAGAUAGACCAUAUGAUUGUAAUGUAUGCCAGGAGAAGUUUGUUUUGAAGGCAGCCUUGCAAUCACAUAUGCGGAUACAUACCAAGGAAAGACCUUUUGAUUGUGAGCUCUGUAGUAAAAGCUUUACCCAGUCCACUACUCUCAAAAAUCACUUAAAGACACAUGGAAAUGAUAAAAUUUCAGGUGCUGUUUAUGAUAGCGAAGAUUCAGCAAAUGAUCAGUCAUCUUCUAAAGAGAAAAGUAAAAAGCACCGUUGUGAACUUUGUGGACAAUAUUUUGCUCUAAAAAAUACCUUGAAAAUACAUAUGAUGAGACAUACAGGAGAAAGACCACACAAAUGUGAUGUCUGCCCCAAGAGUUUCACUCAGUCAAGUACCUUAAAAAUUCACAUGAGAACACACACUGGUGAUAAACCUUAUGCUUGUAGUAUGUGUGAUGCUCGUUUUGCGUAUAAUUAUGUCCUUCAGAAGCACAUUAUAAAACACAAAGAAGCUGGAGAAAUGGGUGAAGAAGAGCAUUCAGAACAGGAAGAGUAUGAGGAAUAUUCAGAACAGGAAGACUCUGAGGAUAAUGUCAAAUUAAGGACAGAUGAUAGAAAGUUAGUAAAACAAAGUUAUAAUAGUGCAGUUAAACACGAAGAAUCAAACAGAAAUGUUAACAGUAAGAAAAUUGAUAAUGGUGAAACAAAUAUCACGUUUAAUGGUGGUGAAGAUCAAGAAAAAAAUGGUAAAAAAAUAACACCCAUGGACUUCUUGGCUGUGUUUCAGUCUUCUUUAAAAGCAUCCUCUAACUGAUUAGUAUUAAGGUCAUCAUUUCUAUUAAUGGUUGAUUGUUAUUGUAAAGUACAGCAGUUUAACUAACAAGGCUUUGGUGCAUUUAAGCUAAUUAAUUUUUAUGUGCAUUUUUUGUUGGAUUCUACUUGGUUGCUUGUAGCCUGUAAAAUAUACUAUUAUGUCCAGCUUUUGCAUUCAUUAUGAAUGCUGUCUUUCACAUUUUAUGAAGAAAUAAAUUAGGAAGUAUU